CCCUGUUCCCUCCGAUUAUGGGGGCUUAUUCCUGCAUUCUUGCUGUGGGGACUUUGACGCCCCACAGGAACCUCCAAUUUUUGUCAUCCUCAGAGGCCCAAGAAACAAAGUAAUGGCAACUGCCAGACUCCUGCCACUGCCAGCAGAACACCAGGCUAAGGUGACCUUCGAGGAUGUAGCUGUGCUGCUCUCUCAGGAGGAAUGGGAUCGCCUGGGCCCUGCACAGCGGGGCCUCUACCGAAACGUAAUGAUGGAGACCUACGGAAACGUGGUUUCACUGGGACUUCCAGGAUCCAAGCCCAAUGUCAUCUCCCAGCUGGAACGAGGGGAAGACCCAUGGGUCCUGGACGGACAGGGGGCUGAGAGCCAGGGCUUGGGGAAUGGCCACUCAGACAACCUCAAAUGUGAUCGCACUGCAGUCUGUGUGCAGGACAGCUUAUCUUGUCCGUGGGAAUGCAAAACCAAGGAAGAGAACCAAAAUACAGAUUGGCCCUUAAAGCCGUUAAUUUCAGAUGAGGUAACAGUGCAUCUGGGGAAAGCAUCUUCAGGGAGCAUCGUUCAAGAACAUUAUAACCCAGAGCAGAGCUUCUGCCUGCAUCCAAGCCCUGUUGUCCCUGGCGAGGCUCGGGUCUCGAAUAGAAGCAGGCCACUGACUCCACACCCAGAAGCUCCCAGUGGAGAGAGGCCCUACAUGUGCAUCGAGUGUGGGAAGUGCUUUGGGCGGAGCUCCCAUCUUCUUCAACACCAGCGAAUCCACACAGGUGAGAAGCCAUAUGUGUGCAGUGUGUGCGGGAAGGCCUUCAGCCAAAGCUCAGUCCUCAGUAAACACAGGAGAAUCCACACUGGCGAGAAACCCUAUGAAUGUAACGAGUGUGGAAAAGCCUUCCGAGUGAGCUCGGACCUUGCUCAGCACCACAAGAUUCACACAGGAGAGAAACCUCACGAGUGUGCCGAGUGUCGGAAGGCCUUCACCCAGCUCUCGCACCUCAUCCAGCACCAGCGGAUCCACACAGGGGAGAGGCCCUAUGUGUGCCCACUAUGUGGGAAGGCCUUCAACCACAGCACUGUGCUGCGGAGCCACCAGAGGGUACACACUGGRGAGAAGCCUCACCGGUGCAGCGAGUGCGGGAAGACCUUCAGUGUAAAGAGGACGCUGCUGCAGCACCAGCGGGUGCACACAGGGGAGAAGCCCUACUCGUGCAGUGAGUGCGGGAAGGCCUUCAGUGACCGCUCAGUCCUCAUCCAGCACCACAAUGUGCACACAGGAGAGAAGCCCUACGAGUGUGGCGAGUGUGGCAAGGCCUUCAGCCACCGCUCCACCCUCAUGAACCAUGAGCGGAUCCACUCAGAGGAAAAGCCCUAUGCUUGCUACGAGUGUGGCAAGGCCUUCGUGCAGCACUCCCACCUGAUCCAGCACCAGAGGGUCCACACCGGGGAGAAGCCCUAUGUGUGUGGAGAGUGUGGGCAUGCUUUUAGCGCACGUCGCUCUCUGAUCCAGCACGAGAGGAUCCACACGGGAGAGAAGCCCUUCCAGUGCACAGAGUGCAGCAAGGCCUUCAGCCUUAAGGCCACCCUGAUCGUGCACCUGCGGACCCACACUGGCGAGAAGCCCUACGAGUGCAGCAGUUGUGGUAAGGCCUUCAGCCAGUACUCGGUGCUCAUCCAGCACCAGCGGAUCCAUACAGGGGAGAAGCCCUAUGAGUGUGGGGAGUGCGGACGUGCCUUCAACCAACACGGCCACCUUAUCCAGCACCAGAAGGUGCACGGGAAGCUGUGAGCAUGGGGCCUGGUGGCUACAGGAGGCAGCCUYACUACCCUCCCUCGGGGUUCAGUGCCACAAAAUAAUUGCAGGGAGAAGCACUGGGCAUGUUCUUCCCGUGGAAAAGCUGCAGAACUUAUGUUUUGUUUUCCUCAACAUCCUGAAGUUAUAUUGAAGAAUCACCGUGCAAUCAUAAUGAAGUUUGGGUAAAGAUAGCCAUAAUUCCUUGUUUCUUCAACAUUAGAUAAUUCAUUUGAAAGGAAUAACAAAAGGAAG